CGCGUGUAUUUUGACCCUUUCCGCUUUCCGUCACGCACCGCUUUGCCCCGCCCAUAUGUACGUAACGCAUGCGUGCUGUGUUGCGUUCCGCACAGAAUCCACACAAGCGCAGAUAUGGCGGAUCUCUCUCUGGAUGAAGUGAUUCGUCGACGCAGUUUUAACGCUAGAGGAGUCAGUAAGAGGCCCAUAUAUGGCAGAGGGGCGGGGCCAGUGGGCAGGGCCUUCGAUGCCCGUCAGAUGAUUGGCAGCGGUGAUGUCAGACAGCGGCUGGGAGUGGGCGGAGCUACAGGAGCGUUUCAGGUGAAGGAUGCGCGAGAGAAGCUGGGGCAGAAGGACGCUCGGUUCCGGAUCCGGGGGCGAGGAGCCGGAGCCGUACAGGACGCGCGGCAGCUGCUAAACUCACGCAAACAGCAGCAGGCUCCGCCUCCGAGCGCCACGCCCGUCAAACCCACGGGAAUCCCUCACGUCCAGAUCCACAACACCGGCCCCGUCUCCGCCGGGCCCCGGCCCCAGAGCACCAGAAUGGGCAUGGCCCUGCAGCUGGGGGGCGGGAUCACGACAGUUGUGGACGUGCGCGAUAGGUUAAGCUUAAAGAGGAGCGUCCCGACGGCGUCCAAUCAGAGCGCAGCGUUUUUGAAAAUCACCAAAACCAUCCAGCAGAGGCCGGUGGGAACGACCAGCGGGAUCCGCUUCAAUGUUCCCAGUGCAGCCGCUCCGGUGAGACUCGAGUCCUCAUGA